CCGCCUCGUGGUUGGCGGAAUGCUGCUGUUUCUAGACUAAUUCGAUGUCACCAAUUCACCGUGAGCCUCAUUUAACCUCAUUCUUCAAUUUGCCAACAACAAACCAACACUGAAUAUCAACACCGACCAUGGCCACUGCUAUCGCCUCGAAACUCUUCACGCCUUUCAAACUGGGCGGCAAGAAAACUCUCGUCGAGCUGAAACACCGCGUCGUCAUGGCUCCUUUAACGCGGUUGCGUAUUGGAGAAAGCGGCGUUCCUACUGCUCUAGUGGCCGAACACUACGCUCAACGUGCUACAGACGGUGGACUUCUCAUCGCUGAGGCCACCAACAUCAGUCCGACGUCUUGCGGAUUCUUUGGCGCUCCAGGACUCUUCAACCAAGCGCAGGUUGACGGCUGGAAGGCUGUAACUAAAGCUGUCCACGACAAAGGAGGCAAGAUCUUUGUGCAGCUUGGGCAUGCUGGACGAAUGAGUCAUCCACUGAACCAACCUGACGGACAACUCCCCGUAUCGUCGAGUGCGACCGGCAUCGAUGACAUUAACGCUCAUGCUGUCACACGUGAAGGCCGUAAAGACUACGUGACUCCGCGUGCCUUGGAGAUCGAGGAGAUCCCCGGUAUUGUCGCGGACUACAAGCGCGCCGCGGAGAAUGCCAUUGCUGCGGGCUUUGACGGCGUGGAGAUCCACGCUGCCAACGGCUAUCUCCUCGAGCAGUUCCUGUGUGACGGCGUGAACAAGCGUACGGAUAAGUAUGGAGGCAGUAUCGAGAACCGCGCCCGCAUCAUCUUCGAGGUGGUGGAGGCCAUUCUGUCUAGUCUGCCUUCGAGUCAAGUGGGAAUCCGCUUGUCUCCGUUCGGUGACACGUUCGGCUGUAAGGACUCGACGCCGUCUGAGACGUACGGCUACGUUGUGAACAAACUCAACGACUACGAUCUCGCCUUCGUCCAUGUGAUUGAACGUCGCGGCAUGCACGCGGCUAACGUCCAAGUGCCGCAGGUUGGGGUUACUCGCCACUUCCGUAACGCCUACAAGAGCGUCCUGGUUACUGCUGCUGGUUACGACCGUGAAGACGCGAUUAAGACAGUGGAAGAAGGCGCCGCUGACCUGGUGGCAUUCGGACGCGACUUCAUUGCGAACCCGGAUCUCGUGGAACGUCUGCGUAUCGGCGCUGAGUUUAACGCGCAGAAUGCGAAGACGUUCUUCCCACAGCCGGGUGUGCCACCCGAGUCGGGCUACACGGACUACCCGUUCCUGACGCAGAAACAGUAAGACUAUAGUUUUACUAGUCGUUUGGGACUUGCGCUGAGAAUACCACUUUUUUAUAUUCUUACACACAAGCAAGCAAAGUCUCUGCCAAAGUUGUAAAGUCUGCACUAAGUCUAAAAUCAACAUGAGACUGCCAUAAGUAGAGAUUAUUCCCGUAUUGUAAACCGUCAAGCUUCAAUAUGCCUCUGUCGAAUACAAUCUUUUGGUUGCACAACACCACC